AUGCCGCUUCUCUUCCUGGAGCUUUCCAUGGCCCAGCCUGCGGACGUACACCGGCCUGAGCGGCCUACUGCUGGGCCUCAGCCUACUGAGCGCCUACCGGAGCCUGAGCGGGGAGCUGGAGGAGGAGGAGGAAGAGGCCCCGGAGGAGCGGCCAGUACUGCCAGAAGACACCGGGGACCUGGUGCUGGAACUAGGCCACUACCUGGUCAAUGACAGCCUGGGAGUGUGGGUCUUGGUGAACACAGUGUGCUGUUUCUUGAUGCUUGUUGCAAAAUUAAUCCAGCAUGUGGUUUUUGGUCCUUUGCGUGUUAGCGAGAGGCAGCAUUUAAAGGACAAGUUUUGGAACUUCAUCUUUUACAAGUUUAUAUUCAUCUUUGGAGUCCUAAAUGUCCAGACUGUGGAAGAAGUGGUUCUUUGGUUUUUAUGGUUCGCUGGUCUGGUCUUCCUCCAUCUCAUGGUUCAGCUGUGCAGAGACCGUUUUGAAUAUCUGUCCUUCUCCCCCACCACGCCGAUGACCUGCCACGUUCGUGUAUUGGUUCUUCUUAAUGUCAUGCUUCUGGCCUGCUGUGGCCUGGGGAGUUCUCUGUGUACUUGCUGGAUAUGAACAUGGGAUGCAUACACUGGCAUUCAUGGCUGCUGAGUGUUUAUUGGUGACAACCAGGACGGCUCAUGUUGUGUUGCGCUAUGUGAUUCAUCUAUGGGACCUCAACCACGAAGGAACAUGGGAAGGCAAAGGAACAUAUGUAUAUUACACAGACUUUGUGAUGGAGCUCAGUCACCUGUCCAUGGACCUAAUGCAUCAUAUUCACAUGUUGUUAUUUGGGAAUAUCUGGCUGUCUAUGGCGAGUCUUGUUAUCUUCAUGCAGCUUCGUCACCUGUUCCAUGAGCUGCAACGCAGAUUACGACGCCACAAAAAUUACCUGCGAGUUGUGGGGAACAUGGAAGCUCACUUUGCUGUUGCUACUCCAGAGGAACUGGAAGCAAAUAAUGAUGACUGUGCCAUCUGCUGGGACUCUAUGCAAGCUGCUCGGAAGCUUCCUUGUGGUCACCUGUUCCAUAACUCUUGUCUUCGCUCAUGGCUAGAACAGGACACAUCCUGUCCAACUUGUAGAAUGUCUCUAAAUAUGGCUGAUGGCAACAGGCCUCGGGAACAGCAACGAGACAACAUAGAUCAGAAUAUGAUCCCACUAACCGUGACAGAAGGUCGGCCCCGCCUCAACCAGCAUAACCACUUUUUCCACUUUGAUGGUUCCAGGUUUGCCAGCUGGCUGCCUAGUUUCUCUGUUGAGGUGAUGCAUACCACCAAUAUAUUAGGAAUUGCACAAGCCAGCAAUUCUCAGCUGAAUGCCAUGGCUCGACAAGUCCUAGACAUGUUCCCGCAAGUACCAUAUCAUCUAGUCUUGCAGGAUUUGCAGAUCACUCGCUCAGUGGAGAUUACAACGGAUAAUAUUUUAGAAGGACGGAUCCAAGUGCCUUUUCCCACCCAGAGGCCAGAUGACCCUAGACCAGCUGCUGACAGCUCUCCAGAUGCAAAUGAGCAGGAAGAUGACAGCAGUUCAGUGCAGACUGAGCGAGUUCCUUUGAACCUUUCACCAACUGUGGAAGAGUUUGAAGAUUUCAGUGAGGUGGACAGUCAGCCCAUAGAGGCAGAAGAUUUUGAGGCCAGAGGCAGCAGAUUUUCCAAGUCUGCAGAGGAGAGGCAACGAAUGCUGGUACAAAGAAAGGAAGAUAUGAUGCAACUGGCAAGAAGGAGAUAUCUGAAUCGAACUUCAGAAGAUGAAGACAUCCCUAUGUCAGAACACAAACUCUCUUCGUUGAGGGUAUUUCUUCAGACUCUGUAAACAUCCGCCGGCGUACACUGGCAGCUGCUGCCGAGCGCAGAAUUCAGUUGCAGCGCCCCCCUCAAUAA